ACCUUCACCUUCACCUUCACCUUCAUAUCCAAUUACUCACAAUUACGAAGCUUUAAAUCUAUUUCGCUCUUUAAGAAGGUGGGUUAUUUAAACCUGUAAAGAUUUCGAUGUUCUUUUCCUAGUUCAUUUAUUCCCAAAUUGCUGAAUUCUGUAAUUGGUAAAGAGGUGAUAGCAAUAGUAAGCAGGGAAGCAGAAACAGAAGGUCUUCAAAGAACUUACUGGUUAAGAUAAUUAUUGGGUUAGUGUUACGCAAAAUGGGCAAAUUUAAGGGCUUUGGGAAGAUGCCAAAGGAUAGUUUAGUAACUGCUCACCAAUAUUCUUGUUUUGCCAUAUCCGUCUUUAUCUGCUUGAGAUUGUAUUGUCUGUAAAAUGAGGAAUUCCUUAGGACCCAAGUGGGUGUAGCCCCAGAGAACAAGAGAACAAUUUCUUGAAAGAAGUUUAGCAGGCAAGAUUGAAUAACUAAGAGAGUUGAUUAUAUAAGAUAAAGAAAUGGAGCGUGGCAAAGCAGCAUCUGGUAUUAGAAAAGGGAAGAAGAAGCAGGUGAAAGAUGAGUUGGAUCGUAACAAACAGGCGGAGAAGAAAAAAAGGAGAUUGGAGAAAACCCUGGCCACCUCUGCAGCCAUCAUCUCAGAGCUAGAGAGGAAGAAGGAAAAGAAGAAAGAAGAGCAACAAAGGCUUGACGAAGAGGGUGCUGCAAUAGCGGAGGCAGUUGCAUUACAAGUCCUAAUUGGUGAAGACCCUGAAGAGCCCAAUUCUUGGAACCGUGCCAGAAACUUCGACCUAUAUGUGGGUGGUUCUGGUUCUGGAACAACAGCUGCUAUCCUUUCCGAUCACCAACUCUCCACAAGUCCUAAUGAAGAAACUGGUUGGGUUUUCAAUGGUCAUUGGAACGGAUUUGGGUCUUUCAUAAGUGACUUUCGGGCACCAUGUUAUAGAUGGCCAGCAGAGGUGAUAGUUGCAGAUGUUGCUUCUUCACUUCAGAUUGUAGAUGAUGAAGAUGUGGAUGCCUUUGUUUACAACAGAACUCUGAGCUGAGCUGAGCUGAGCUGAGCUGAGCUGAGCUGAGCUGAGCUGAGGGGCUGAAACUCUGGUUCCAUAAUCUGUGUUUGUUUGUGUAUGUUUUCAGAGAAUUUGUUGUUUUGAUCAUUUCUUCGUCAUGUGGUUUGCGAAGUUGAAACUAAACGUAAAGCUAAUGGACUUCUAUGCGGUCCUGAUAUCUGCCGACUGCCAGCAUUGCACCUAGAUUUGGA